UUCCAAGUGACAGUACUCCCUUUGGCACGGAAUUGUUCCGGAAAUAUACGCCACCGCGGUUCUUACACCUCUACGAGUGCCGUUGUUCGACUAGAUCGUCCCCGGAAGUCGGGUGUCCCCCACCACGGACCAGCGUUACAGCCACCGCAACAAUGGCUGCUUCACCGGCUACAACGACAGCCAAGACUUCAGUCCAGAGUAGGUCGUGGGUCGUAUGUAAAACGAUAUUCUUCUUUAUUCUCAAACAGUGGCUACUCAUUGGCAUGGGUGUUGCCUGCGUGCUGGCCUAUUACUUUCCAGGUGUGGCGGCUCCCGGAGGGACUAUCAGAGCCGAGUACAGUAUCGUAUAUGGUGAUGUUGCCAUUAUUUUCCUUAUCAGUGGUCUUCAACUUUCGCCUGCCAAGUUGAGAGAAAACGUCACGAAUUGGCGGCUCCAUGCCAUUGUCCAAGGAAUGAGCUUUAUUAUUAGCCCGCUCAUCGUCCUAGCCAUAAUUCACAUCUGUCUAGCAGCCGGGUCGCUACAGUCUGGAACACCCUCGCUCGCAAUUUUGACCGGAUUGCUAGCAACAGCAUGCCUUCCAACAACCAUUGCUUCCAACGUUGUAUUAACAAGAAAUGCCGGAGGCGAUGAUGCCGCAGCAGUCAUAUCUGUUGUCAUUGGCAAUGUCACUGGAGCCUUUCUUUCGCCGUUGCUGAUCUACGGCUUCAUGCCUACCGGGCCGGAUUUUAUCCCUUGGAGACCGGCUGGCCCAAGCACAUUUGGCAGCAUGUAUUCCCAUGUAGCAAUGCAGCUCGGUCUCACAGUCUUGAUACCGCUUGCUGUGGGACAAGCUAUACGCUGGUGGCAAGAGAAAAAAGUCGUUACAGUCUUGACAAAACUCCGGCUCGCCAAGAUAUCAACCGUUGGCCUCAUUCUUGUUGUGUGGUCUACCUUUUCUGGCGCUUUCAAAACAGGAGCCCUCACCACUCUCGACAAGCCAUCACUAGUCUUUGACAUAUUUAUGAGCAUCGCCCUAUACCUCCUUUUCACAGUCAUUGUCUUUUACGCAGCUCGCCCACCUGUCCGAGCUAUGAGCUGGAUCAACUCCAUCUGCACCGAGUCGACCGUCGUCAAACGCAUGCCAGGGUUCAUACAGCGCUGUUUGACGGUCCGACAAAUGUCCAAGGAACAAACAAUUGCCGUUUGUUUCUGUGGUGCAGCCAAAACAACCGGUCUGGGAAUCCCAUUGGUCGCAGCCAUGUGGGCAUCGUCAGAUCAUCUCACAAGAGCCUAUCUUGAAAUACCGGUGCUGUUAUACACCAUUGAACAGAUCUUCGUAGCUCAGGUCCUCGUAUAUGUCUUUCAGCGGUACCUUGCAAAGGACUGUGUAUCUGAUCCGGAACAGACAGAGGCUACGAGCGAAUCUGACGAAGAGCCGCAAUCAAAACACGACGUUACAGAGGGAAAUGAAAAGACGAUCACGCCUCAGCAAUAAAUAUAGAUGAUAUCUAAUAGAUUUAGUAGACAAAAUUAAUGAUGCUAUGACUUUUUAAUCAUACUCUCAAACAGCACCUUCAUCAGACGGGCACUUUUCUUCGGAUACCGCUUCUGGCAAUCUUUAUAGUCGACAUAACAGGUGCCGAAGCGCGUCUGAUACCCUUCUGCCCAUUCAAAAUUGUCCAUCAAAGACCAAGCAAAGUAGCCUCUGACGUUGACCCCAUCCAGAGAGCUCGCCACGGCCAUGGCCUUGACGUACUGGUCAAAGUACUGUACUCUGAAGUCGUCUUCGAGAAUCUCUUCCCUCGACAAAUCAUCUUCGCCCUUUAUGCUAGUGCCGUUCUCUGUGACAUAUAUUUUAGGAUACUGAUAGCGCCUGCUUAUCCAGCCCAGCAAAUCUCUGAAGCCAGUCGCACAGGGCCGCAGCCACGGCGAUUGUGUUUCCUCCCCGAUGCAAUCGCCGCGCUUAUUAUAGAACAAAACAUCCAAAUUACCAGCAAUGUCAUUCAACUCUGCUGGCGUUUCGCGGUGUUUCACAUAGUUGGCAGUGUAGUGAUUCAUGCCGUAAAAGUCGUUUGAACCUUGCACAAGAGCCCUUUCUUCGGCUGUGAAUUCUGGCAGACGGUCGCCGAGCUGCUUGCGCAUAGAAGACGGAUAAUCGCCAAAAUAUAUAGGAUCCGCAAACCAGCCAAUAGUAAACUCGAGUUUUCUCUCGCAGGCCUCAACAUCAGCGGGAUCUGUUGCAUCCCAAGGGAAGACGGCGUCACCGUUGAGCACAACUCCAAUUUCUCCCUGACUGGCCUCUUUGAAUUCGGAUCUGUAAAGCUGGACAGCGUGUGCAUGAGCCAAUAGCAGGUUAUGACCAACAAUCCACGGAUAUAUAUCCUGUCUGGAGUCAUCGCCUGGUGCAAAGAUGCCAGCGCUGUAUGCCUGGAUCGACGAGCACCAAGGCUCAUUGAGCGUGACCCAGUGCUUGACCUUGGGCAAGGCCGCAAACAUGACGCCUGCAUAGCGUUUGAAAUCGAGAGGAAAUUCUUUCCUACUAAGGAGACUUCGAUACCGCUUCUCCAGCUCAUCGGGCACGUCCCAGUGGAAGAGCGUGACGAAUGGCGUAAUGCCAGCGGCAAGCAGAUCAUCCACAAAUUUGACGUAGUGAUCUACGCCUUUCUGAUUGAUAGAGUCAUUUCUGCCGCCCAGAGGGAUGAUUCGGGACCAGGAGAUGGAGAAUCUGUAGGCUGUAGCGCCGAGUUCCUUGAGCAAGGCAAUGUCCUCUUGUGUCUUGUUGUACGAAUCGCAAGCGACAUCACCACUAGAGCCGUCGGCAAUCUUACCAGGGAUCUUACAGAAAGUAUCCCAAAUGCUAGGCCCUCGACCAUCCUGGUCUACGGCUCCUUCUAU